UAUUUCUAAUACAAUUACAAAAUGAAUUACUUGCAUCGAUUAGAAUCGAAGAGUUUAAAUAGAGCACAGCAUAUAAGCGCUGCAUCUACCAAGAUUACUGUAUUUAUUACUGUACAGUACGGAUAAUAAUAUUAUUUCUCUCAAAGAACUCAACGAUGAAGGUGGGAUUAAGUUAGGUCGUUAAAUGGAGAACAAGUUUAUUGAGCGGUACCUUCAGUGCCUGUCCACAGGGGUCAGGGAGGUGUGGCAGGAUGGGAGCUUUUCUGAUGUUGAGGUCAAGGUCACAGGACGCACAUACAGCUGUCACAGGAUCAUCCUCGCCUCUCUCUCGCAAUACUUCCAGGCAAUGUUUCGGUCUGGGAUGAAAGAGAGUCUGGCCGGAUGUGUGGAGAUACACAGUAUGGAGGCUGGGAUAUUUGAGGCUGUGUUACGGUUCAUGUACACAGGGGACAAUGUGGUACAACGAGACAAUGUGGAAAGCCUGCUGCAAGCUGCCGUCAUGCUUCAGAUACCAUCACUUGAAGAUAUAUGUGAGAGCUUUCUCAAAAAACAAAUAGGUCCUGAAAACUGUCUUGGAAUCUGGAGGUUAGCAUCUAGUCUCAACUGUUUCAGUCUUGCUAAAAAAUGCUGGACAUACAUUCUUGAAUUCUUCUCUGCAGUUCUAAUCUCUGAUGAAUUUCAUCAGAUUUCUGCUGAUAAUCUCAUUGAAAUUAUAAAUGAUGAUGAUCUUAAUACUCCCUCGGAGGAGGCAGUGUGUGACGCUGUGUUGAAGUGGGUGGACUUUGACCCCAACAACAGAAGGCAGGAGCUCGGGAAACUGUUUCGUAAUGUGCGCUUUCCUCUAAUCUGUGUAAAGUAUGUGAAGGAGCUCAGGAAGAAGGACAUUGUCCUAGACUCGGAGGAGUGCAAUGAUAUGUUGAAAGAUGUCUUCCUCUACCUCACAUCAGAGUCUGAUGAUCCUGAAUCCGAGCUUCCAAACUACCUGUCUGAGAUGUCGCGGAAGUGUCAUCACAGGCAGGAAGAGAUGAUGUGCAUUGUGGGUACCCGCAGUCGACACCCCAACCCUCAGGCUACUGAGAUAAAAUGUUUCAGUUUUAGGCGUGAUGCUGAAUACUCUCUUGCUGCAUUGCCAGAGGAGCCAGGGGCUUGUUUUGGUAUAACAAAGUGCAGAGAUGAUGUGUAUGUGUCUGGUGGCUACCAUGGAGGAGACCUUGUGCUAAAGUACAAGAGCAGUGACAACAGGUGGCAGCACUGUACCCCAAUGCUGGAGGGGCGGUGGGGACACUCUAUGGUGGAAGUGAACGGCUGUAUAUAUGCCAUUGGGGGAAGCACUCGCGUACCACAAACCCUCUCUAGCAUAGAAUGUUAUGACCCAAAGUUGAACCAAUGGAAAAUUGUUGGUGGACUUGUCAUACCAGUGUCUUUCAUGCCAACAGCAGCAAUAGGAAAUAGAAUUUAUAUUUUUGGUGGAAAAAUGAUGGACAGGACUUUGUCAACAAAACUACAGUGCUUUGACACUGUUACUAAGCACUGUUUCAUCCUUGAUGAAAUGCCCCUUGUCUCUUCAACGGCCAGUCGUGUAGCUGUUAUAGAGAACACAGUUUACAUAUUUUACAGACAUGGAGACAUCAUGGAAUUUAAAGAGGGUGGCAGAACGACUGUUGUUGGCAACAUGCCACAUUUUGACCAUUAUGGAGUAGUCCCACAAGAGGGUCAGAUACUGAUUGUUGGCUGCCAGAGUAAUCAGUAUUCCACUGUGAUGUUUAAUCCGUCCACGCGUGAAAUGGCCCCAUAUUGCAGGACUGUCAAGGCAGCUCUCUGCAAUUUUUACUGCCUCCCGAUCACCAUGAGCCGACAACACAUGUCCUCAAAUACAGACCAACAAUCACAUACUUGACCUGCCAUACUUAAUACUUGGAAAGCAGUGAUAUAUGUUUCGGGCAGAUUGAGAGGUGUAGAUUGAAGCCUAUUCUUCAUCUUUUUAAAGCAGUCCUAAUUAAUGGACACAAUAAAUCUUUUUUUCUUUA